GAGACAAAAACAUUGCAAUCUAUUACUUUAUAAAUUUCAUGUAUUAUUACGUCUUCUAUGGUUACGUACAACGUGCUGAGGUCACCGUUUGAGGGCGGAGCUACCGCCUUAAAUCAGGAAAUCCAUCGUACACACACACACACACAGUAUAGUUUACGUUAUCUGUAAGUUACUCGAUGAUGUAAACAAAUAUAUUUAGGUGUUGUGAACAAUGUUAGGAACUUUAAUUAUCACAGAAAUGUCUAUCCCCGUCUACUCAGGUUUGUUGUGAUUAGCAAAAAACUAACAGCUAAUGUUAACAUUGGCACAGUGGUUGUUAUGUCAGUUUGUUUAACUAGUAACGAUAGUUAACUUUACCAAGUCUAGCUAACGCUCAAAAGUCGUGUGUACAGAACCAGUACACUUAAUUCAAAUGGAGGCUUCCUUGGGAUCUCUGCAGCAUCCUGAUCUAAGCUCUGUGCUGUCAUCGUGCGAGCCAGAGCUUCAGGAGCUGAUGAGACAGAUUGACAUUAUGAUAAACCAUCAAAAGAGAGAGUGGGAGGAUGAGAUCCAGGCCAUGCAGCUCCGUCUGAAGAGUAGAGAAGAGGAACUUUUAUCUUCCAGGGAGCUGACAGAACGGAGGGAACUGGAGAUUGGAUUACUUCAGAAGCAGCUAGAAAAUGUCCAGACUGACCGAAAGGAGUUAAUUACCAAGUAUGAAAAACAACUGCACAAAGUCAGUGAAGAGUUAAAUAAAUUAAAGAGAAGUUACCAGAAACUUCAGCGAAAACAUCAUAAGGAGAACAGCGGAGGAAUAAAUACUAAAGAAAUGGACCAUUCAGAAAUGACACGACUCAACGAAAAGAUUGAGGAAUACAAGCAGCGCUCUGCAGAGUGGGAACAACAGUGCAUCCAGUACCAGAAACAAUUCACAGCAUAUGAGAGCCACAAUAAGAACCUGACUGAUGAGCUCAUGCACUUGAAAUCUCAUCAAGUGUCCUGGCAAAAGCAGGGUGAGCACAGGGAGUGUUGUUUAGAGCUGCAGCAUUUGCGCAUUCAGCUGGAGAAGGCUCAGGCCAGUCUGCACUCACAGGAGCUGGAACUUGAGCGGCUGCGACCCCUUGAAAUGUGGCUUGGACAGUACCAGCGAGAGCAGCAGGUUCAUGCAGAGGAAAGAGAAGAGCUGCAUGCCACUCUGGACUCCCAGGAUUCAUUUGUGAGAAGGGCCAGUCUUGAGCACCAGAGGCUUCGCAAUGAGGCUGUUCGGCUCAAUCAAAUGCUGCAAGCUAAAGAUCAUGUCAUCCGAUCCCUAGAGGACUGUCUGGCAGCUCAUGGCAGUACUGGUGUGGAAAACAUCAGGAAAGACCUGGAAAGGACUGUAUCCAAACUCCACUGUGCCCAAGCAAGUGAGGUUCAACUCAGGGCUGAAGUGACAUGUCUCAAAGAGAGAAUAGAGAUGAUGAGCAGAGAAAGAGCCGAUCAUUCAAAGACAGAACAGGAACUGAGGAACAUUAAAGCUGAAAAUGACUCCUGUGCUGCCGAAGCAAAAAAGCUCAAAGAAGAGCUUCAAAGGGCCCAACAGACUCAUAGUGGUGAGGUGGAGGGAAUGAGGAAGGAGGUAUCGAAGCUGACCAGCGAACUCCACCAACGGGACGUCACCAUUGCCUCGCUGAGCGGCUCUGCAUCCGCCAUCAAGGAGCAACUUCGGACUGAAGUGGAGCGAGGAGAACAAAGGACAGCUGAGCUUAAAAUGACUCAGUCUCAGCUGGAGACUCUACAAAAUGAGAUCCAGCGUCUGAAAGGUCUACUGGAGAGGCAAGAAUCUCAAUCACCAAAGCUGGGAGACUCACCACUCACAUCCCUGAGGGAGAGUUAUGUAUUAUCUCUGAGCAGUCUGGAACAGGAGAACCGGCAGCUGAGGCAGGCUCUCAGUGAGAUGCAUGGUCAACAUGGGGUCUCCAUCCCGAUCUGUCAGGACAAAUAUGAACAAACUCUGCUCAGCCACACCACGGCUGACCAACCACAGGCUGAGCUGGAGAGGGACAAGAUGCAUGUCAUGAAAGCGAAACCGCAGGAGAACAAGUCGCGUUGUGAGGGGGAGAUCCAGAGACUUUUCAAACAGCUGAAGACCAUGUCCCACUCCUCCAGACAACAGACCCUCAAAGAUCGGCGGUCUCAGUCUCCAGCAUCCUCCAUGUCAUCCUCCUCCAGCUCAUCAGACAGCAGGAGACUGACCAGGCAAAGCUCUGUGCCAUCUUUAAGUUCUAGUGACUCUGUAGCUGAGGGACAGAGCACCAGAGACUCUGGACGUCUAACACCUGCAGAGAAAGCCAUGGCAGUGGACCCUUUGACAGUUUCACCUGCGGACGGCAUGGUCUCUCGUUUCUUAGAGGAAGAAAGGCUGCGGACCACAGAGCUGCUGCAAAGACUGGACUCCCACAUCCAGGGAAUGAAAGACAGCAACAUAAGGACAGUGUCCAAGUACCAACCGAGUGCCUCAGGACCCGAGUCUCCUCAGACAUCAGCACAGAAUGAACAGUGACUGAGUAAGAUGGAAUAAAUGUGCAAAAUAGUGCCUUGAAGAGCAAAGCUUUUUGUUUUGUAGGAGGGAAAAAACCCUUUAGUGUGUGCCUCACCUGAUUAAUCUUAUGUAUUUAUAAAUGCAUAUUUGCAAAACCUUGAUGCCAUGUGACUAAUCAGUUUCCCAGCAAAAGCAGAAAGUAUGAGUAAAUCUGUGACAUAGUUUUACCGAGUACCUCCAGCUCUAAUUCAGUAAGUUAAUGAGGUUCUGUCAGCUAUGAAGUGAAUGUUUUCUAAUCAGAUUACAGUGGACGUUAACCAUCCACAGUGGAAUCUGCCCUGCUUCAAUGACCUCACAUAACUGACCCUGAGCUGCUGAAUUCCACCCAAACUACUCGACAGUUUUAAAGCAUUUCUUUGCACUUCAUCUCGUAAGAGGCUGCACUGUCACAUUUUUCAAGUUGGCUGGAAUGGAGCAUUAAUGCAUUUACGUCCAGAGAAAAAAAUGCUGUUACAUGCCAAAGGAGUGUCCGUCCUCCCUGCAGGCUUGUCAAAAGCGGGUAAAUACCACAUAUGUACUUCCCCAGACAGUGAGGAGGGAGAAAAGGCAGCUUAUACGGUGGCUAUCCUCAUUUCCAACCUCCCCCCUCCUCACCCACUCUGCAGAGGCCCUUCAGGUAGUCCAGCAAACAUUCAGCGCAGGAAUGUGUCGGCUAUGCCAAUGCUGUCAUGAACCUCCCCCUGCGGCCUGCUUCGUCCUCAUCAUUAGGAAGCUUAUGGAAUGUUAAUAUCAACCAUGUGGGCUGUGGAAACUUUGAAACACACAAAGGCAGGAGGGGGUUGUGUCAUUUUUUACUGCUUUUCUAAUGAAGGAUACACUGGAUUUAUGAAAUAAAAUGGAAAACAAUUCAA